AGCUAGUUUUAGUUUUUUCUUCUUUUAUCUUGAAGACAGUGUUCGGCUAAUUUUAGCUUUGACAACUCACUUUCUGCUUCUUCAGCAAAUAUCAGCAAAGUCAUUCAGCUUUCAGCCUUACAUUUUCUGUAAUUAAAAUGAAUGACCCUUAUUGCUCAAAAAACACUACUAAAAAUAAGCAAAAGUGCAUUUGUAGAAAAUUAAAUAUAUAGACACAAUUAAUGUUUGUCAUAAAAUUAAGUUGUGUGUCUUAUUGUAACGCAUAAAAUAGUGGCGCAGGGUCUGUUUGAUCACCAGGGGGCGGUAGAGAGCUGUCUUGUAAGUUUGCAAGCAAGCCCCGCCCACAUUGAUUGAGCCGCUCCCCCUUCGCGUCACUGAGAUCUGGUACCGGUAUAAAGCCAGCCCAGUGCUUUGUGUUAGUUGAGAAAGCUAGAAGAGAAGAAACUAGAGCAGACAAAGAGCAGGCUGGAGUUUGUUUACCUCAUUUCCACUCGGACGAGGCGGAAUAGUCAACUGCUGCAUCACUUUUGAGCCAUUAUUAUUUAGUUGCUCUGGAUUAUUAUUCCUUUGUUCUUAUUUCAUCCUUUUUUUUAAGGUUUUUUUUUCUUCUAUUUGCUUUGGUGACUUUGGACUUGUGAGUCACAUUUGGAUCUUUCCUUUUAUUCAGACUUUUUCUUUUUUUUUUUUUUUUUCCCUUUUUGGUGGAACUCCGCCUGACUGAAUUUACUGUGGAGUUUGCGAGGAUGUCGAGUCACUGCCAUGUGCAGUAGAUCCAGACCACCGAAUCUGCGCGAUGGCUCAGCCGGAGUAAAGCCAACAGAGGGAGGCAGCGGAGGAGAUCCACCAUCCGUCGGCGCCGCCCGAGGCUCGGCGCAAACCACCCGUUCGAUCCACGCCAGAGAGCCGUGCGCCGCAGCAGGAGAGCCGGACUCCGCGCUCUGCUCCCCCAGAACCCCCGCGGGCUUAGACGUGUUCCGGAGAAGGUCGAUAUUUCGCUUCCCUCGGCGCUCGUCCAGCGGAUAUUUCUCCUUCGACGGAGACGCGGCGCCGAGCUCUCCGCUCUCCCCGAACCCAGUGACGGCUGACAAAGCCACGCAGACUCCCAGCCCCACCGGCCAGGUGAUGAACCACGCCCUGCAGCGAAUGGCUGUGGAGCAGGGAGGAGGACCGGGGACGCACCGGCUGCACGGGAGCAACCCCUCUAGCACGCGGGUGCAGAACGCAUCGAGGGACAUGCAGGCAGAGACAUUUGGACGUCAACUCCGGACGAUCGGAGACGAGUACAAUAGGCUUCUACUUUUAAGGAGGAUUGGUCGACCCAGACGAGAAAUUGUUCAUCUGAACCUCAUGCCACACAUCCACCAGGAGCCUGUGGCCAUGCUCUGCGUGAGCCUGCUGCUCCUUCUGAUUGGACGGCUCAUAUACUUACAAGGAUGCACGAACAGCCAGAAUAAUUCUCAGGUUUAGACUUUCCAAAACCCAGCAGACGUAGCAGUUUUUAUCUAUCUAUCUAUAUCUAUCUAUCUAUCUAUCUAUCUAUCUAUCUAUCUAUCUAUCUAUCUAUCUAUC